AUGGUGGUGGAGAUGCAGAAGUGUGUGCUGUGCAAGGUUCCAGCGAGGACGUUCUGUGAGCCGGAGCGGGCGAGUUUGUGUUGGGACUGCGACGCCAAGGUUCACGGUGCCAACUUCCUGGCCGCGCGGCACUCCAGGAUCCUUCUCUGCCACGCGUGCCGCUCUCCCACGCCGUGGAGAGCCUCCGGCGCCAGGCUCAACAGCACCACCGUCUCCGUCUGCGAUGAUUGCGCCGCCGGAGAAGAGGAAGAGGAAGAGGAUGUGAGCGAAGGAGGCAAUGACGAAGAAGUAGACACGGAGGACGGCGAUGUUGACGGUGACGGCGUCGGAGACAUUCAGGUCGUGCCUUGGUCCUCGACGACGACGCCUCCACCGGCGGCGAGUUCCUCCAGCGGCGAAUGGUCGUUGGCUUGCACCAGUAAGUGCAACGACAACAACAUAGACGUAGACGAUUCUGUUUCUGAACCGUUAACGACAACAGUCUCGUUGAAACGACAGCGUGAGAACGAUGAUGCUGUCGAUCGUGAUCUCCAGGUUUCUUUUAAAUUCCUUAGUCAAUUUCUUUGGUUUUGAACGGUGAAAGUUGAUUUUUGGUUUACGAAACAAUGACCAUUAUUGAUUUGGGUAUUUUUUAUUUUUUUUUUAAGAAUUUGGGGAAAAUGAUGUUUUUACAUUUUUUUUGUUCUGUUGCGUAAAAAAGCAGGAGGGUCCGGACUGUUUGGCAUUUCAACGUGGUGGGGAGGUGGAGGACCACGGAGAACCGCCGUUGAAGGAGGGACGGAGGCCGCGUGAUGGAGCGUCCGAUGCCGUUUGAUGUUUGAGGGCUUGGAGUUUCUCAGCCGCAGGAUUGACAAGGUUGUAGCGGCACAAGAUGUUUUGGUCUUUGAAAUUUAACUUCUUUUUUUUAAGUAGGAAAAAUAAACAGCAAAAGUAAAGCUCUAGCUGCUAAAUCCUUAGCCAACAAAGGCAACACCAAGGAAGGGGGGUCAACAAGUUCAGUAACAUCGCACUGCAAGUGUGCUCCCAUUUCCACAAAACAAUCUGCCGAUUCAUUGACCUCGCGAGGGAUAUGGCGAAUGCGAACAUCCCAAUCCUUAACUUCUAACCUAAUAGCAUUGCUGAUUUUGAUUUUGACUACUAGUUUGAUUAGUUGAUUGUUGUGUACGAACGUUCGGGUC